AUGCAGACAAGUCCGCCCCUCUGGGAAGCCUCGGCCGGAGAAAUGGUCCCCGGUCUCAAGGACGACGCAGGCCACGUCGGUGGCUCCAAGGAUAAAACAGACCCACCCAGUCGACAACCAGACGGACGGUCGGGUAAGGCCCGGCAGACGGACGGUCUCCUCUCUGCAUGGGAGCUCGGUUCGUCCACCUGCUCCCGACUCUCCAUGCAGACAAGUCCGCCCCUCUGGGAAGUCUCGGCCGGAGAAAUGGUCCCCGGGCUCCAGGACGACGGAGGCCACGUCGGCGGCUCC